AUGGCAGAAACUGAGGAUUUUGUGGGUCAGGAGCCACAUCCAGUUGACGAUGAUUUAUUUAAAGAGCCAAUGAAAAAAAGAAGACGUUCAGAUCGAGACCAACGGUUCCGAGCAUUUCCCUCCGUGGAACAAAGUGCUCUUAAGGAAUAUGAAAAAUUGGAGUCACGGACCAGAAGGGUUUUGAGCAACACUUAUCAGAAACUUAUUCAGUCUGUCUUCCUGGAUGACAGUAUUCCUAACGGAGUCAAGUAUCUCAUAAAGAGGCUUCUUGCCUUGAUUGAAAAACCAUCAUUGGACCCAAUCUACAUUGGAUUAUUUGGAAGCUCUGGGGCUGGGAAGAGCUCCCUGAUCAAUGCCAUCAUCCAGCAAGAAAUGUUUCUACCUGUGUCUGGAGAAAGUAUAUGUACGUCAUGUAUUGUACAAGUGAGCUCGGGCUGCUGUGAACAGUAUGAGGCCAAAAUCCACCUUCUCUCUGACCAGGAGUGGAAGGAGGAGCUGAAGAACUUGACUAAACUCCUACACAGGACGGAGGAGCUGGGCAGAGAAGAGGCAGAUAAGUGGGACAGGGAAGAUGCAGUGGAGGAAGCCAUCUGGAAGCUACAAAUACUUUACGGAAAUGGGGCGGAAAGGAAGAACUAUGAGGAGUUACUAAGGGCAAAGCCCAAAGGAAAAAUUCCCACCUCCAGAAUCAUCACCCUCAAGGCAGAAGAGGCAGGAGAGCUGUCCAUCAAGCUGGACCCCUACAUCCGGACUCAGAGGAGAGACUGGGAUGGAGAAUCAGCUGAGACACAAAUCUGGCCCUUGAUCAAACAAGUGGAAGUGACUCUUCCCAAAUCAGAGCUGAUUCCAGAAGGAGUUGUGUUAGUGGACAUUCCAGGCACAGGUGACUUCAACAGCAAGAGGGAUGAGAUGUGGAAAAAGACCAUUGAUAAAUGCUCAGUGAUCUGGGUGAUCAGCGACAUUGAAAGAGUUUCUGGAGGGAGAGCCCAUGAAAACCUUCUGAAUGAGAGCAUCAAAGCCUGCCAGAGGGGUUUCUGCAGGGACGUUGCCCUGGUGGUCACCAAGAGCGACAAACUCCACUUGCCAGAAUAUCUAAGGGAAAGAAAAGUGAGAAAUCAAGCUAUUCAAAGUCAGCGAGAGGCUGUUUUAGAAAGAAAUGCAGUGAUAAAACUACAGAGGAAUAAAAUUCUCAAGGAAAAGCUAACGAGAAAACUGCCAGCUGACUCCAAGGUCCUGGAUGCCUCAGAUCUGGUGUACACAGUCAGCGCCCAGGAGUACUGGCAGCAGGCUCUCCUCACUGAGGAGGAAACUGAAAUCCCCAAGUUAAGAGAAUAUAUCAGGAAAAGGCUCUUGGACAAGAAGAGGAGGAUGGUGACCAAGUAUGUUACUGAAGCCUUUGGCCUGUUGCUCCUCACAGACAGUUUCAACUGCACGGAAAACCUGCCGAAUGAAUUCUUGCACAUGAGUGGCCUGCGGAGAUUUGUGGAAGAGAGGAUGCAGCUGCUGGAGAAGGCCAUCGACCAGUGCUUUGCUCAUGUAGCACAGCCUCUGCAAGAAGGGGUUAGAAAUGCCAGGGCUUCCUACCGGCGGAUCCUCGGGGCAUUCCUGGUGAGGAGUAGAGGAAACCAGGGUUUUCACCAGACUCUGAAAGCUGUUUGCUUGAAAAAUGGCAUCUAUGCCUCCAGGACUCUCACAAGAAUAGAUCUGAAUGAAGCCAUCACUCAGCCCAUCUAUGACCAGAUCGAUCCUGUUUUUGGAGGCAUUUUUAGAGCUGGAAAGCCCACUGGUUCAGCUUUGAUGCCUCACAUAGAUGCUUUUAAGCACUCUCUGCAGGAGAAAAUGACAGAAAUUGGGAUAAGAAAUGGCUGGAAAUAUGAUAGCUGCAAAAGAAGUUUCCUGAUCCAGGAGAUAAGUGCCAUCCUGGGAGACAUGGAGGAACACAUCCUCAGAAAGAAGAGGAGGAUCUAUGAGUCUCUCACCACCUCUGUUCAGAGCGACCUGAAGCCCUGUUACGAAGAGGCAGCUCAGAUCACUGGCAAAAAAGCUUGUGAGAGAAUGAAAGAUGUCAUCAGAAGAGGGGUCGACCAGCAGGUGGCCGAGGGCAUGUUUGAAAGGGCUCAAGAAAGGAUGCAACACCAAUUUCAGCAACUGAAGAAUGGAAUCACGGAGAAGGUGAAGGGCAGUAUCGCCACCAUGCUGACCCUUGCUUCAUCCCAAGGGGAUGGUCUCUACAAGGAGCUUGCAGAUGUCAAAAGUGAAUACAGGGAGAUGGAGAAGCUGCACAGAAGCCUGAGGGAGGUUGCUGAGAAUGCCGUGCUGCGGAGGGGCAUGCAAGAGUUCCUUCUGAAGAUGUCCCCCAGCAAAGCUGGCCCCCCUACAACAUAGAUUUAAUUCUUGGGGCUUAACACCAAAGGGAUGAAAAGCAAGCCUGGAGCCAAAUAAGUAGAAGUACUUCUUUUAAGAAAAACCUAAUAAAGAAGAUCUCCCAACUGUUUGGGCUUUAUAUGCAAUAUAAAAUUCAAUAUAUUGUUACUUCUGGCAUGAGCUAAUUCCUGAGCAACAUUCAUUUUUAUUCUAUAGACAAAAAGAGCCGUCUUGAAUCCGCAAUGGAGUUCUAAAGCUUUAGGGACUAGAAACUCGUGCUUCACCAAAGAAAAAUAUGUAAACGUCAAAAACUUAAAUAUUAUGGGGAAAAAAACCCAUUGCAAAAUAAAGCAUUAGGGAUCCAAUUCUAGUUCCCGUUUUAAUACUGAUGAGACUUUUUGGGUAAGGAGGUAACAUUGUGCCAUGGAAACAACAUGGGUUUGAGAGAGAGACGGACAAGAGCCCUGGCUUCACCUCCUCUCGGGAGUGUCCUCUACGAUCAGUGCUUCUGAAACGUUUCGAUCUGGGGACCCUGCACUCUUAAGAAUUAUCGAGGACUCUAAGAGCUUUUGUUUAUGUGGGUUAUAUCUCUUGAUAUCAAAUUAGAUUAA